CCAUCAUUCUAGAAGGAUAGGAGAAAGACACUAUUAAGCAACUGCAGGAAAUGGCUUUCGGAGUCCCAAUAUCUGUCUACCUUUUGUUCAAUGCAAUGGCAGCAUUUACUGAAGAGGCAGCCAUCACUGUAAUGCCACCUGUCACAACCCAGCAAAGUAACUGGACAGUUAACGAAACAGAAGUUGACUAUGUAGAAGGACCCAUAGCCUUGAAGUUCUCACCUCCUUGCCUAGAAGACCACAAUAGUUAUUGCAUCAAUGGUGUUUGUGCAUUCCAUCAUGAGUUGGAAAAAGCUAUCUGCAGGUGUUUAACUGGUUAUACUGGAGAAAGGUGUGAGCACUUGACUUUAACUUCAUAUGCUGUGGAUUCUCAUGAAAAAUAUAUUGCAAUUGGAAUUGGCGUUGGGUUAAUAUUAAGUAGCUUUCUCGCGAUUUUGUAUUACUACACAAGAAAGAGGUGUCUAAAAUUGAAAUUGCCUUAUAAUGUCUGUUCCGGAGGGAGACCGCUGUGAAGCUUUUGUAAGAAAAUUUCCA